GCAAUCCUAAAUAAAGCUGUUUAACUCUAAACACCCUUCUCUGCUGGACCACUUCAAUGGCACCUACAUCACCUUCGUCGAUUUCCGAAUCAACGGCAAAACCCCUUUACACAUUAUCUCCGCCGGUUGCACUGGAAUGUCUGAAGCUUUUAGCAAGAUGAUAAUGCCUUUAUUCCGCAAACCAUUUUACUCCAUUUGUUUUUUUUCAUGUUUUAUCCCAAAUUUAUUUCGAUGUAUAUAUCAGGGCUAUUCUAACCAAGCCAUACAGAAGCCUAAUGUUUACAAAUCCUACUGCUGGACUCUGCUGAUCCCACCAGACGACACAGCCCCUUUGUUUACAACCGGCCACUUCCUUUCUAGUGGUUGCAACAGCCCAAGUAACCGUUAACCAUGUUCCAGCGUUUCACCAGACUCUUCUUCAACGAGGGACCAGCCAGCGAUCCCGAAGAACCAAAAGCCAUUGUGGCAGAUGAAGAGGAUGAUGGGUGGCUAAUUAUUGAUAUCAAUGAUAGCUAUGCCUUGACCUUCAGUGAGGAUGAUGGGUCACGAGGGCCGGAGGAUGAAAACCCUCCCAGCCCAUUGCCCCACUCCCUAGCUGAGAGGAUUGGCUGGUCCAUCCCACCCCACCCACCCCACUCGAUGGACGAGAGCUGGUUUGUUACCCCUCCCCCCUGUUUCACCGCAGAGAGUUCGGGCCACACCGAGGUUGGAAGUAGUCCAUUGGAAGACCUGCUGAUAGAGCACCCAAGCAUGUCGGUGUAUAUUACCAGUGGAAGCAUUGUGGUGGAACAAGACACUUCCGAAGUAAUCAGAGACCGAUCCCCAUCCAAAACCAGAGUGGAGCGUCGCACACCUCAUCACGCCACCUCAGUCUCUGCCAAAUCUGCCAUCUUGGGUAAAGUGGGUCAGAUCACCCGUAUCCAACGCGCCAAGGCAACGGUGGACAGGCGCAAACUUGGACGCAAGAGUUUGCAAAGGCAAAACAUUGCAAAGCAGUUUCAUGAACGCGCUAAUGUGCGACAGCGCACCUUCUUGUGCCAACCACGGCAGCGCCAGAGCAACCACUAAACUUCUGCUGUUUACAUGACCGUGGGCAUUAUCUCUAACCAGAAUUCCCGGAUCACACUUCAUUGGUUGGCAUUACCGUAUCUUGCCUCUACAUGCUAUGUUCAAGGCCUCAAUGUUUCACUCCCUUUACUUAUUAAUAAACACCGCUCCCUGAUAGCAACAAUGAAAAUAAAAUACUAAGAGAUCAUUUAGGUUAUGAGACUCUUAAAAUCCUUUUUGGUAGAAAACCUUGGACACCCAGCAGAUAAUUUGUCGGAAUUAACAACUUCUCUAAACAGUACUGUAUAGCAGAACAUAUACCGGAAGUUGACCAUCUACAACCCCCAGCUACUGUUGAAUUCAACUUCCACCCUUCUUUACAAUGCAGCAGAAGGUUACGGGAUAUGGGAAGCUGCAAUUGGGCAGUCUUGGUCUACUGCCAAAGGUUUAUGUAGUAUUAUAAAUCCUCAUCAGUUGCACAGUUUUUUUUUUUCUCAAAUCCAACCUGGUGGACCUGUCAGCCAGGCCGAUCCUUGUCCUGUCCAGAUAUUUGAGGAAAACCUAUACAGAUGAUGUGGCCUAAGGAACUGACCGAUAACACAUUGUUCUUGAAGAUUUGGGUGUAUUUCAUUUUUAAGAAAUCUGCAUUCCCUCAGCCCCCCAGUGACAUCAUCAAUUGGUCUUCCCUUGGAAAUAUCGAAUGAGAAUACUUGUGUUUUGGGGUACAGCUAACAAGGGUACCUAUCACUUUAACAGUGUGUUUAUAUUGAGCUUGUUGUUACGGGGCUAUGUUGUCCUAGUAUAAUUGUAAUCAAAUGAAUAAUUUGAUCAAGCAUAAAUAAUUUGUGUACAUAGUGCAGGCUUUUACAUAUCAAUGGGUAGUGCAGACUUACAGCUCCAGUGCAACCACAUGAUGAUGUCACCGAUGGGCUAAGUGAAGACAUUUUAAACCACUUUUUCCAUAUUUCUCUUAAUGUUUGCUAGCACAUUGCAUAUAUUAUUUAUGAUUUACCCUUCCUCUCCAUAAUUUUCAUCAUUUGCCAUGCCACAUUUCCAAAAUAAUCUGGUUACCCCACGCCCUGUUGAGGACUAGUCUGAAAAAAGGCCUUUUGCAGUAACUUGGUAAUAGGGCCACAAAUGUACCCACCAGCACUGGCGUGUGUGUGUGUAUGUAUAUGUGUUGCCAUACAUAUAUGUAAAUGCACACACAAUUUUUGUUUCUGUAACUGGUUAGCAGAUCUUGUGUUUAUUUUCUUCGAAGGAUCAGAUCCUUGUGUUUUUAAACCACACACGUGGAGCUGUGGAAUUUUUUUUUUUUUUUUUUUAAUUGUUUUAAAGGUGCUAUUUUUGAGCAGGAUGGCGGCCAUCUUUAAAAAUGCCUUGCUUAAACGCAAAUUAACAUCGGAGCAUUUCCUGCAUGAUGUAAUGAUUGAACUCCAAAGGAGGACAAAUGGUGUUUAGGCAAUAAUUAACAUUUUUGGGGG